CCCUAAACCCACGGACUGAGAAAAGAAUAAUUACAGCGAGACUUCACCUGAAACAGAAGGGAAAACAAGCAAAAGGGGAAAAACUUGGAGAAGAAGAAUAAGAUCAACAAUGAGCGACGAAGGCCCCAAGCUCUUCACCAACAAACCUAAAAAAUCUCAGUUGAAGGCAUCUGGAAUGACAUCCUCGUCGUCAGCGGGAGCCACAGCUCCUCCGCCGCCACCGCCACCACCGCCGACGCCGCCGGUUAAGGAGACGUUCCAGCGCUUUAAGUUCUAUAAGACGAUUGCGUUGGUUCUCAGUUUAACUGUUGGAGCUUAUGCUUUCGCAAGGACUGUGUUGAAAGUAGGACCGCAAGAGAAGAAAGCUGAGGAUCCUACAAUUUCUACAUCAUCAUCUUCAACCUCUGCCACUGCGACUACUAUCACCGAACAGCCUGCUUCCUCACCUGGUGUAGAGCCCAUCCAACGACCACCAAUCCCGGAGGAACAGCAGCGUGAGCUAUACAAAUGGAUGCUGGAGGAGAAGAGGAAAGCGAAGCCCAGAGACGCAGAAGAGAAAAAGCGCAUUGAUGAGGAGAAAGGCAUUCUAAAACAGUUAAUCCGAGCCAAGUCCCUCCCCAAAAUCUGACAAAUUUCUGCAUCUAGGAAUGCUUAAUUAAUUCCUUCUAAACCAAAAUCUCACAGGAAAUGCCUGCAGUUUGAGAAGAAAAUUGUUGUGGUUAGCAUAGUCAGGACUUAUGAAACAUUUCUUAAUGAAAUUUGAACGUGAAUGCUUUGUUUGAUGAUGAUGUCUUGUUAUCAAAUGA